UCACACGUCAGUUAACAUCGUACGUGCGCGCUCCCGUGAAUCAGUGACAAAGAUGGCGCUCUCCGCCGCAUCAGGCAUCGUGGUUCCCCGCAGCUUUCGGCUGCUGGAGGAGCUGGAGGAAGGUCAGAAGGGAGGUGGAGACGGUACAGUGAGCUGGGGCCUCGUGAAUGACGACGACAUGACGCUAACUCACUGGAAUGGCAUGAUCAUCGGCCCCGCCAAGACUGUCUAUGAAGGCCGGAUAUACAGUCUGAGAAUAGAAUGUGCAUCCAGAUACCCAGAGCAUCCCCCUCAUGUCCGCUUCGUGAACAAGAUCAACCUGAGCGGUGUGCACGGUUCUAGUGGCGUGGUGGACAUUAAGGCGUUGUCAGCGCUGUACAGGUGGAGAAGUACAUACAACAUCCGGAUGGUGCUGCAGGAGCUCAGACAGCACAUGAUGUUGAAAGAGAACAGCCGGCUCUCCCAGCCGCCCGAAGGCCAGGUGUUCAGCAACUGAUGCACCUGCUGCUACCCCCCGCUCCCCCCUCCCCCCUCCCUGCCAUCCACACACACACACACAACUCUACCACUUCCAAACUACACCCCCCAUCAUGUUAUCCAAGACUGUCCACUUCCUCCCGUUGGACAGAGAGAGGACGUGUCACCAGACAUUACAGAACAGAAAUCCUGUACAUCUUACUAAUGUAAUUGUUUCUUAUCUCACCCAGACUGUAAAAUAACCAACGAGCUGAUUAUGUGUGUGUGUGCUGGAUCCUUCACUAGUGGUGACAGUUAUAUGGGUAUUGUGGCGAGGGAUUUGAAUCAACCCACUAGUCGGCAAAACAAAUAUGUAACCCCCCAACCCCACCCCCACCCCCCCGACCAAACUGUUAAAUGUCGGUGUCAUUCUGGGUCGUUUUCCUAACAACAAACCUCAACAUCUUGCAGUACGCUGAAGCAGAUUCCCCCCACAAUGCUUUGCUUGGUCUCCCAGGCCGCGUUAGUCUCAAAUUCCCCAGCUUCCGCAAUCCCGACGAUGUGAAUUUCACGGGCUUUCCUUAAAGCGAGUGCAUGUCCGGUACCGGGGGAGUAAACUGCUACUAGACGCUCAGCUACGUCUGUAUCAACAGGCCACUGCUGGCUCAUCACUCAUGUUCUCAGACUCGUCUUCUGUGUGCCAUAUGGUUCAUAGCGCUUUGUGAUGGUGAUUGAUUAUUAGCAGCCAGUGAGAGGGUGGAGGGAUGGAGGGGGGUGGGGUGCAGGUUCUUGUGCUUUCUCUCUUGGCACCUUGUCAGGAUCUCCUCUGUCCUGUGGCCUGGAGCAGGAGCAGCUAUGAUUAUUAUUAUUAUUAUUAUUAUUAUUAUUAUUAAUAUUAUUUUGGGUUCUUGUUUUGGUUUCUGGGGUCUCGGGGCUGAGCUGUGUAUACUCCACGGAGCUGUCUCCUCUCAUACAGUGAACGCCCACUGAACGCAAUGUACGGCUUUGGAUGUUUAUUUUAUAACGGGUUGAAUCUAAUCAGGGUGAUGGUGACCUGUUGCAUGGUUUUAUUUGAAUUAAACGUUAUUACUUUUGCA